ACAAACAAUAAGCGGAUAGGUGCCUGCGGCCCACAGCCACGGGCAGUUGACAGACGGUUGGCACGGCGCCUGCCAGGCGCCCACACAAACAACCCUUGUGCCCCGCAUCAUCCAUCUGCGCGUACAGUGAGACUCCGGGUAAAUAAGACAACUAAGCUGCAUGAAAAGGCCAUGGAGCAAAAGCCGUUGCCGAAGGAUGGUCUCAGCCUGCUCUGAAAGGGCCAAAGGCUGUUUCGGGCCUUUUGCAUCGUGGGCAGCGACUUGAUACAGCCUAUUAUAAACCGUGAUAUACUCUCACAUGUCCAAAACCUUCAGUAGUCAAGACUCAACAUAGCAACCAUGGAGGUUAAGCUCGCUCUAAUAUCAGCGGCGCUUGCUGCACUGGUGACCGCUGUUAUCAUGCCCUAUACCGAUCCAGAGAACCUCGCCAAGCUCUCGCAGCACCCCGUGGCUGGUCUAGUGCUCAACACCACCGCCGAUGCCUUCUACGCCUUCGGCACCUGGGUCGGCGGCGGCGACGGCGACGACCCCGCCGCCGGCGGCCCCAGCCUCCGCGACUACUACCCCCUCACGCUGCCGCCGCGCGACCCCGUCAGCGGCAGCGCGCGGCAGCGGCAGCAGCAGCAGCGGCGGCGGCGGCGGCGCGUGGUGGAGCCGGAGCUGGAUUGGGCUGACCCGCGUGUGUGGGAGGCGCAGACGCUGCAGGCGCGGGUAGCGGCGGCGGGGGCGGGGGCGGGGGAGGGGGAGUCGCCAUACUACAGCGCCACCGACAUUGACACGCUGCUGGGCUGGUGCGGCGACCUGGCCACAAAGGCUGCAGCAACCGAGUCCACAACAGAGCCUACAACAGAAUCCGCAGCUGUAUCCGGAUCCGCAGCUGCAUUAGGAUCCGAAUCCGCAGCUGGGGCUGGAGCCGGUGCUGCGGGUGCCGCUGGCGGAGCUGCGGGCGGCGGCGGUGCGGGUGCGGGCACGGACGCGGCGGCGGCGGUUCACUUCCGUGCUCUGGUGCGGUGGCUGGCGGCUGCGGGCGGGGACGCCAGCAAGGUGGCGCCGGGGGUGGACGGCAGCGGCGUGCGCGGCCUACACACUCGUGUGGACGUGGCUGAGGGCGAGACGGUGUUGUCGGUGCCGCUGAGCCUGGGCCUGUCCAUUGCCAGCUUCAGAGCGGCCCGCUACGCCGCCGCCGCCGUGACGGGCUGGUCGCGGCAGCCCUCUGCCGACCUGUUCCUGGACCCGCUGGCGCUGGCCUACGAGGCGGCGGUGCACGGCGCGCGCUCGCCCUGGGCGCACUACCUGUGCCUGCUGCCCAGGAGCUUCCCAGGACUGCCCAUGCACGCGGGGCUGUCUGACGCGCCGCUGCUGGCCCCCCUGCCGGGCCUGCGCCGCCUGGCCGCCAAGCGCCGCGCCGAGGUGGCCCUGUACGGCAGCGCCCGACUGGCCCGGGCCGCGCUGGCGGACAUGCCCGGAGGCCGCGCCGCGCUGCUGCGACUGGCCACCGCUACUGCCAACAACACGGCGGGCUCCGGCAGUAGCAGCGGCAGUGGCAGUAGCAGUGGCGGCAGUGGCAGUAGCAGCAGCGGGCGGGACCUGUGGAUGUCGCUGUGGCACUGGGCCUACGCGGCCGCCAAGACGCGCACAGUCAGUGUGGCGGCGGCGGAGCUGCGGGCGGGCGGCGGCGUCGGCACGCCCGGGGAGGACAAGCUGGGGCCCAUCAAGGUGCCGGUGGCCAUUCCCGAGUGGGCGGAGGAUUUCGGCGUGAUGAUGCCGGUGUUGGACCUGGCCAAUCAUGCGUUCCUGGGCGAGGGCGCAAACGUGCUGUACGAGAUCCUGCCACCUAGCAACCCCGGUGACGGCUGGGCUGCGGUGCUGGUGGCGGCUCGCCCCAUCGCGGCCGGCGAGCCGCUGUUGUUUGACUACGUGGCGGGGGCGGAGGACGGCCCCAGCGGCCUGACGUGCACGGACAGGUGGCUUGAGGAGUACGGCUUCAUGCCGCACUCCUCCGACCCGCACCGCGAGUGUGACACAUUCGACAUCAGCCGGUCACAGCUAGCCGCCGCGCUGGCGCAGCUGCUGCCCGCCGCCUCUGGCGCCGCCGCCGCCGCCUCUGCAUCUACCGGCGACUCCCAGGGAGCGGCCGCGAGAGCGGCCGCGGGCGCGGCCGCGGGGGCGCAGGCGGGGUCGGGGCCGAGUGAGGCGCUGCUGGCGGCGCUGGUGGAUGCCGGACUGGCACGUGUGGCGCACGUGCCACCCAGCGCCGCCUCCUGGCCCAGCCCCAACACGGCCGGCGGCGCGGCGGCGGCGCCGGCGGCUGACCCGUCCUCGCCCCCGCGUCUGGAGGUGCUGGUGCGGGCGCCCAGUGCGGAGGAGGUGGAGGAGGGGUCGGGCAGCCACGUGCGGCAGCGGUGGGUGGUGCUGUCGUGGCUGGCGGAGGCGCUGCAGGGCGCCGCGGAGGCGGCGGAGGCGACGGAGGCAGCGCAGGUGGAGGCAGCGCAGGUGGAGGCAGCGCAUGUGGAGGCAGCGCAGGUGGAGGCGGUGGAGGCGGCGGGGGCGGGGCGGGCGUUGGCGGCGGGGCUGCGGCGGCUGAGUGACGAGCCGGAGGAGGUGUUGGCGGCGCUGCUGGAGGUACGGCGGCGGGAGCUGCUGCAGCUGGAGGCGGCGGCGAGGGUGGGGCCGGGGGCGAGCGGGCCUGGCGGGGAGCUGCGGCGGGGGGUGGUGGGCGUGGCGGAGGUGGCGCGGCGCGCGGUGGACCGGGCGCUGGCGCAGGAGCGGGCGCGCAUAGCCAGGUAGCAGCUGGUGGGGGGCUGACGGGGGCAGGAUUGGGCGGGGUCGAGGUAGGAAAGUUUUGACGCGGGGGUGGAUAAGUUGGUGGCGCAGGAGCAGCCUUGGGCCAAAAUGCUCGGCAGGAAGAGGCCCGGCCUGCACGGGAGAAGGGUAACAGUCGCCAGAGCGGGGCCCGGCGAGACAGGCUUAGGCACUGGCUGCUGGAUAUAGCUGCAUGCUGAACGGCCACCGCUUAUGCCAAAGUGCCGGAGGGCCGAACGAGGGCCGAACCCUCUUUCCGAGUCAGGAUGCCCGAAAUGAAGUGUGUAUGGCUUGCCGCCGGGCCGAGCAGCUGAGCAACCCGGUCGCGAUGUAUAUUGCAAGCUUAGUAAGCUGGUAACCUAGGCCUCAUAGACCGAACGCAAAGAACGCAAAGCGACGGAACGGUUGGUCGUGUUAUCUGCCAGCUAUAGAAACCGCUUUUU